AGUCCCGGCAAUGAGUGUCGAAGUCGAUAUUCCGGUAUCUUUCAAUGAAGUUUCGUUGUCGCAGUCGAGCAAAAAAACGGGAAAUUCGUUUGUAAUAUUCUUGGCCGGAUUUGCGACGAUUGGAGGUUUCUUGUUUGGCUAUGACAUCGGGGUGAUUGGUGGGGUGAAGGAUAUGGACACUUUCAGACUCGUGUUCGACAUGCCUUUGCGUGCGAAUUGCUCCCUGAAUUCGUCUCUACAAACUGACGAACUCAGGGCGGACUGCAGACACGUGGAAAUUACCCUUGGUUGGAUUGUCGGCAGCUUUUCAUUAGGAUGCUUCGGUGGUGCUUUAAUAGCAGGAGUAAUGUCAGACAAACUCGGUCGUCGUAAAACCAUCAUAUCUGGAGGACUGAUGUUUGUGGUUGGUGGUUCUGUGCAGAGUGCAGCUGUGCAGAUUUGGAUGGUGUUCGUGGGUCGUGUCAUUGCGGGUGUUGGCGUUGGAGUCAUGAGUAUGGUGGUACCUGUAUACAAUGCAGAGGUAUCGCCAAAGGACAUUCGUGGCAGAUUAGUCUCUCUACAGCAACUGAGCAUAACGGCAGGGAUUAUGGUCAGUUUUAUCGUGAACCUUGGUUGCGUACACUUUGAAAUUGGUUGGCGCAUAUCACUCGGUCUUCAGUGUGUAUUUGCAAUAAUUCUCAUACUGGGAAUGAUUGUACUACCCGAGUCCCCCAGGUGGCUAGUGAAGCAAGGUUUCAACAGUCAAGCACAGUGUGUUUUGCAACAGCUUCGUAUUACUCGAAAGUCAGCAAAAUCUGACGAGAUUCCAUCGGUUGUGUUGGACGAGCUUCAAGACAUUCAGGAGGCAGUUGAGAUGGAUAAGAAGAUGAAACCUGCAACGUGGCGUGAAUUGCUUGGACCAAAAUUGAGAAAGAGAAUGUUUGUAGGGUUCUUCAUUCAGUUGUUUCAGCAGUACACUGGGAUGAAUGUUAUUAUGUACUACUCGACGACUCUAUUCGGAUUAAUACAUGUGUCUGAGUAUGUAGCGACCGCACUGACUGGAGUCAUCAACUUUCUUGCCACAAUCGCUGCAGUCUACCUUGUUGACUACGCUGGACGAAAGGUACUGCUGCUGUGUGGAUCAUUAGGUAUGGCCGCGUCUGUCUUCUUGGCAGCCGCCUUGUUGUCUCCCUACACAUGCAGUGAGGGCGUCGAUCAAACUAUUGGUUACAUUGUGACGUUCCUGGUGUGUCUCUUUGUGAUCAACUUUGCUUACGGAUGGGGGGCUACUGCAUGGGUUGUUACGAGUGAGAUUUUUCCUUUGAGAAUUCGAGAAAAGGCUGUGAGUGUGACUACCUCUGCCAAUUGGAUCUCGAAUUUCUCAAUUGCAAUGUGCACACCUCUCCUUCUUGAUUGUGAUGUUCUGGGUGUGCGAGGCACUUUCUUUCUGAUGGGAGUUUUCCUGACACUGUCUUACAUAUUUGUACUGUUUACUACUCCGGAAACAAAGGGUAAGAGUUUGGAACAUAUUGAUGACUUAUUUACUGGACGUUCGUGGUCAGAGAUGUCUCGAUGGAACUAUUAUUUGAAGUGUGGUUGCCCGUGGAAAGUUUGUCGACAACGAGAAUACAGUGUGAUCGAGAAAUUGCCACUUGUUGCAGAGACUCCUCGAACUGAUGAGAGUGAGGUAACAGAUACAUCAAGUAAUGAUGUCUCUGUAUAGUCUGGUAUGUAACAUCUGUGUUUUUUAUUAACUAGAAGAUCAUUUAGAUUUUUGAUAUUGUAUACUUUGCUGUAAUGAUUAUUUGUAUAGUUUUGUAUUAGAUCACUUUGCUACAAUGGCUUUCUCUACAUAGCAGAAUGGCUUGUAGAUUUACUUGUUAUA